AUGUAUUUCCCUCUCGAGAAGACCACGGAUGAUUACUGGAACAAGAUUGUCAAUACAAGCCUGCAAGGAACGUAUUUCAUGACUCGAGCAUGUCUUCCAGUUCUAUCGGCCGGGCCAGUCAUUGUGAACGUUUCGUCUGUCGCAGGGCUCCGUGCCGACGCCGGCUAUGCAAUCUACAACGCUGCUAAGUUCGGUGUAAUUGAAUUUUCGAAAGCGAUGGCCUUAGAACUCGGUCCAAAGGGUAUCAGACUGAACGUCGUGGCGCCGGGCUCGAUCACGACUCCAAUAAAAGAUGUGGAAGUGGCCCGGGCGAAAAUAUAG